CAGUCGACAAUAUAUUAUACUUUGUUAAUAAUAACGACCUUUAUGUGGGGGAUGAACUAACCCCACGUGAAAAUCGACGCUAAAGAAAUAGGCGCAAGAACUCCCGGAUUAAGUAGCGGAUGCUCGGAUGUCUACGUAAACAUCUUGUGUUUGUCUUAUAUCGUAUCGUCCAAUUCUCUAUCUUUCGCUUUGAAGCAAGACAUUCUCCUGCCGAAAUACUGGCUUGAAAUAUUAUUUCGAUAAAGAGUGCGGGGUCGUCUUCGUAGUACGCAACGUAGUAAGGCGCAAUAAGACGAAUAAGGGUGAGUGAGUGCAGCGUGCGUUCAGGCUUCGCGCGGGGAGAAGGCAGAGCAUGGUUGGUACCUGGAAGUACCAAGUAGUCUACCGGGUGAUUUUGUCCAAUUAUAUUUUUCGUUUUGUUUUGGCGUAAUCUUUUGCGAUCUUUACUUUUCGCGAUGUAUCAUUACUUUGUUAAACAAUGGCAGGUCGCGGUGUCUCCCGCGGUUGUUACAAAUGUGGAUUACAUCCAAGAACUAGAUCAUUGGCUAGACACUCUAUCCCUCGAUCAGCUGAGAGCUGAGUGCGAGCGUUUGGAAAUCCUGACAACGGGAACCUGUUCGGCUUUACAUGAUCGGUUAAAACAAUAUGACCGAGACUUUCGAGAAAAAUUCGGUUCCGCCUCGGCUCCGAAUCCUGGACGCCUUACGGGAGCACCUCUGACGGGGGAGAACCGCUAUCGAUACCGAAAUAUCGCUACCGACAAUGUAUGUGGAGAUGACGGAGCGAACCCUGAAGUGCGACUAUUGCGCUCGGUCUCUGCCUCCAGAAACCGAGAAUCAUCCAGAUGUGAUGCAGCAUUGCCAGGAAGGGAGAUGAUCCAUUCGCGAUCGUCAUCCUCGAGAGAGGACGCGAGGCGACCGCAAGAUCGGUCGCGGGAAGGCGAACCGUCUGCGUAUAAAUUGUACGAUCUGGACUUGCCGAGUGGGAAUGGGACUUCGCGUGAAAUCUAUCGUUCUUCCGCGGGAAAAUCGCGUCCGCUCAUCCGCAAUCGACAACCUGUGUAUUACCAUUUCCUGUCAGAUAGUAGACAUAUCGCUAAGUCAUCAUUGCAAGUAAGCAAACCUGCGGAGCGUCGACGACGAUCCCCGUCGAGAGAGCGCCGUCGUCAGUAGACCAGGUACACCCUUGCCAGUUCUUCGACAAAUCAAUCAACUGACGAAACGAAAGUCACUUCCGCUUUGCUUGUGUAUAGGUUGUACGAUAAUAGAAUAUUUUACCGUUUUAGUAGGACAACGACAAAUUAGCAGUUUAGUCGUUACUUGGACGAGUCAAACUAUCUUCGGUAUGGAAGUGCGUGCGAUUGCGACGAAGUUAGGCUGACCUAUCAUGACCAAAAACCGCCGAGAGAAAUUCAUUUCCCCAGUGGAGAGAUUAGGUAUAUAAAGGAGUCGAUCAACAGCAAUAUCGAACUGCGCGGUAUCCGAUGUGGUCCGGUGACUUGCGAGCGAAAGAAUGAAGUGAGAGAAACGAGCGAAGCGAGCGGCGAUGCGAGUGAAGGAGCGGAGUGAGAGAAAUGACCGAAAGAACGGAGUAAGAGAAACGAGCGAAAGAACGGAGUGAGAGAAACGAGUAAAGCGAGCGGAGCGAAUAAAAGAGCGGAGUGAGAGAAACGAGCGAAACUAGCGAAGGGCUUAACCCUUUCGAUAUGGCUAUAUCUUUCGCGAGUAUGCUUCCGCUAUAUAUAUAUAUAUAUAGAUACUCGAGUCGCGAAUGAGAUUCUAUGAUAUGAGCCAGUUGCAACGUACAUUUUACCGUGGAAUGGGUAUAACAUUUGAUAUUCGGUAGAAUAAUGUAAAUUAUAGAUAAAUUGUUUAUAAAAAGGAUAAGACAUUACAAUGUAAUAUAUUUUAAAUUAUUCAGAUUUAAAAAAUUGUUUAAUAAUAUAAUUUCGAUGAUAGGUGAUUAUAAUCACCCGUAGGACACAGUGAGUGUACGAUGAUGAGUGACUAUAGUCAACGGUAUUAUCGAAAGGGUUAAACGAGGUCGGUAAGGCGUCAAGUAUCCGCGCCAAGUAACGAAAUAGCCGGAGUCUAUGUACUGCCACACUGUCUAUUACUGUGAUCAAAAAGUAUCCGAACUUUAUUUUUUAAAAACUGCGGGUAAACUGUAAAUCAAAUCCGUUUGCUUUCUUAAGUCGGUACACAUGUCCUCCACAUUUGGUGAAAAAAUCAUGGCGUUCCUUCAAGCCGUUUGAAAGUGGCAGUUGUUUAUGUCAGUGAAGAUUGUUGUGCACGGCGAUUUUUACGAUGUCGAAAAAUAUGGAGCAAAGGAUUUGUUUGAAAUUUUGUGUUGCGAACGAAAUUUCGUUCACAAACGCAUUCAAAAUGUUGCGAAAAGCUUAUGACGAUUAUUGUUUAUCGAAAACAAGUACGUUUGAGAAGUUUAAGAAGUUUCAAGAAGGACGAGAAUCCGUUGAAGAUGACCCACGCUCUGGAAGACCAUCAACGUCAACGGAUGACGCUCACAUUGAGAAAGUGAAAGAAUUGGUGCUCUAAAACCGUCGAUUGACUGUGCGAGAGCCUGAGCAGAACAUCGCCCCAUAGUCGUAUUAAAACCCCAUCUGGCUUCCAAAUUUCAACUAGGGUCCGGAUAACUUUAUCGGAUCCGGCACGUAAUAAGGAGUGAAACGCACUGCUGCAUAAUGCCCUGAAAUUGCUUGAAAUCGAGAAACCUGAUCAAAUGUCCAUCAGGACCAAAUCAGGCAUCCAAAUAAUGACGUCAUCGCUGGUCAGGGUAUAAUCCGGAAAAUAUUGCAAGACAAUUACCACAUUCCCACCGGAUAAGGACCACUCAUAAUGUCUUCUUAUGGCUUGCCUAAUCAUGUCAUAUCAUAAAAAAUUGUCGUAUUUGAUUCCUGCUCGGGAGAUAGCAGAUGAAGCUGGAAUAUCAUUUGGAUCGUACCAGCAUAUUUUGUCCAAUGUACUGGACAUAAAUCGGGUCGCAUCGUGCUUAAUUCCGAGAAACCUGAAUUUUCUCCAAAAAGAUAAUCGACUGUUGGUAUCGUCUGAGAUGAUUUCCACGAGAGAUGAUUUUUUUUUUUCAUACACUUUAGCGGAGCUAUUUAACACUAUCACGACUUCCUUCCGGCAAUUUUAUCCAGAGACAGCACAUACAUGAAACGGAUCAUAACUGAUGAUGAAACAUGGGUUUACCAAUACGACGUCGAAACCAAAGCAACAAUUAUUGAAAUGGCGUUUGAAAAAUGAAGCAAGACCGAAGAGAGUUCGCCGUUUGCAGUCAAAAGUCAAGAUUAUGCUCACGGUUCUCAUCGCGGUAUUGUGCACCAGGAAUUCUUUCUAACUAGUCAAAAAGUCAAUGCAAAAUACUACUUGUCCGUCACGAUGAAUUUGCGCGAAGCAAUAAGAAACGACCGGGAUUGUGGGGAAACAACUCGUGGAUUUUGCAUCACGACAACACACCAUUCG